AUGGAUAUAGCAACAAGUACUUCUUCAAUGCAUAUUAAAAAUGAACAUUUAAUUCCUCCUCCUACUACUACACCUUCGCCUGAUACAAUGCAAAUUGUUAACAUUAUGACUACUGCCACGACCACCACAACCACAUCAUCAAAAACCAAUGUCGUUAACAACGGCAAUAAAAGAGAAAGGAAAUCUCGCAAACGUAAAUUGUCUGAAGACAAAGUCGCAGAAAAACAACAUUCAGAAGCCAAUGAAAUUCAUGCUACAGUAAAGCAUGAGAAAGAACAAAAUAACGAAGAACUAAAACCUUUAAAACGAAUACAACAACAGAAUGGUAAAAACUUUACUCCAUCUAAAACAAAAAAGAAUAAUAAUUCUCGAAAACGACGACAUUCCGACGACGAAAAACCAGUCGAAUCCACCACCAUCGUACAACCAAAUAACAUUGGCUCAACAAAUAAUAAUUCCUCUGAAGAAACUAAUUCUUUUAAAAAACCACAAAUCAAUGAAUCACAAAUUGUUGAUGAUAAUAAUGCCAUUUCUUUAAUGGAAGGAAUUGAGCAUAAAUUCCUCGCCUCUAAUGAUCUUAAUGUUAAUAAAUCAUCAUCACAAAUAGAGCAAAAAUCUAUAAAUAAUAAUACUGAAUCGAUUAAUAAUGUUGAAUUUUCCGCCACCACUCAGCAACAACCAAUUGAUAAUAUAUACAUGACAGAUAGUCAAACUCGAAAAAGAGGCAGAAGGAAAAGAGACGAGGAAGUAAAAUAUUCUGAAUUUUCUGUCAUGACAGAUGAUGGCCUAUGGGUUCCUACUGACCCAGAUAAAACUGCAGCAAUAGAAUUACUAGAUUACUACAAUUCCAUUAAAAACCAAUUUCCAAAAACUACUCGUGCACAAUUACUUAAAAUAGGAACUUACAUUUUUGAUAAGAUUUUGACACAAGGUUUUGCUCGACCAUUCAUUAGUCCAGAGAAUGAGGCUGCUUAUGUAUACCAUCAAUAUAUUCACAAAUUGAUGGAUCUUACAACUGCUGAAAGUAAUUUAUGGUCUGGAAAUUAUAAAUCACCUGAUGAUAUAUUUAAAGAUAUAUUUCAAAUUAUGUUCAAUGCGUUUAUUUUUCAUCGCCAACCUGGUGUGAUUUACAAGGAAGCUGUUGAAAUGAAAAAGUUCAUCAAGGAAAUUUUAGAUCCUAUAAAUCAUGGAAGUAUCGAAACACGAAUGGAUAUAAUUGAUAUGAAAACGCCAUAUGAAGAAUUUCAGUCAAUAUCAUGUGUGAAUUUAAACUCUGUCAGUAAAAUUUUCAUAAUGCCAUUCUAUGAACUUUAUCAAUUGAAUAAGUCACAAUCAAUCAUGAAUUUCAAAGCUGCUGAAAGGAUAACAUUAUAUAAUGGACCAGUUUCUGAAGUUUUCAACAGAAAAAAUUUACCAGAAUAUGUAUUAGAUGAAUCAGCUACCAGUCAUAAUUUUGGUAGAGUCUAUGUUACAAAUAAACAAUCGCAAUUAGCCGAGUUAAUCAAUGACAAAAACGCAAUACUCUUGCUGCUUAAAGAUAUAAUAUGGAACUCUAAAACCAACUUGUUAAAAUGUAAGGUUUUAGUUGUUAAACCUUUUGGCAAAUGUCAUGACUUGGACCCGUGUAUUUUUAAUGAAUUAAAAGAUGGCAGAUGUUGGGUUAGAGUUGUUUAUUUGUACAAGGUUGACCUGGAUCUUGAAGUGACAAGAAAGUUUUAUGAUACACUUGCAAGUGCAAGAAAUCCUUUUUAUGCCAGGGAAUAUUCUCAUGAUAUGCUGACACCUGAAAUGCACCAAAAAUUUAUGUCAGAACUUAAUUUAUUAAAUAAAGAUGAUGGUAAUGAAAAAGGUAUUAUUUAUGGUGAAACACUUGCACAAAUGACAGAUGUUGAUCAUCAUUAUCAUGAAACUAUUGCACAAAAGAAUAAAGAAGACAAAAAUUAUAAUAUCAAAAACAUGUACCAAAAUUCUAAUAAUAAAAGUGCAACAACAACAUCACCU